CCUUUGAUGUGCAGCGCAAUUUAGGGUUAGACUUUGAAGAAGAGGUUUAUGGUUCAUCAAAGCAGAGAUAGCAAUGAAGGUGCUGAGGCUUUGGAGUUUGAUCUUUAUCCGAUAGAAUGCUGAAACACUAACAGCUUUUGAUGGCUUAGCUAGAAGAGUCGGCUGAAACAAUUGAAUAUGAGUAUAGUUGAAUCCUUAUUUGACAUUCCUGUGCAAAAUCCUGCGGACGAGGAAUUUUCGUCUGCUGAUUUGACUUGGACUAAAUUUGGCACACCUGAUCGCCAUGAUGAUGUAGCAAUAAUUCCUUAUGAACGGGUUGAUACUUUUAUAAUUGGUGAAUGCUCUAAUGUUGAAUGCCCCACACGUUUCCAUAUUGAGAGGCAAAGAAAACGAUCCAAGGGAAGUAUCAAAGCGUACAAGAACGAUGAGUUUUUGGAGUAUAAGCUGUAUUGGUGUUCCUUUGGUCCUGAAAAUUAUGGGGAAGGUGGAGACACAUUACCUAGUCGGAGAUAUCGACUUAACACUCGAAAUCGCGCUCCUAGGCCUCAGUCCAUGCGCGGAUGUACAUGCCAUUUUGUGGUGAAACGCCUUUAUGUCCGUCCUUCCCUGGUACUUAUCAUAUACAAUGAGAGGCGUCAUGUAAGCAAGUCUGGUUUUGUCUGUCAUGGUCCACUUGAUAGAGAUGCCAUUGGGCCUGGAGCCAAGAAAGUUCCAUACAUCUGUAAUGAAAUUCAGCAGCAAACAAUGUCUAUGAUAUAUCUUGGAAUUCCUGAAGAGAGUGUACUGGAGAAACACAUAGAGGGGAUUCAACGAUACUGCAGUUCAAAUGCAAAGGUCAAUAGCCUAGCUUCACAAUAUGUUCAAAAACUUGGUAUGAUCAUCAAAAGAUCCACACAUGAGCUGGACCUAGAUGAUCAAGCUAGCAUCAGGAUGUGGGCGGAGCGCAAUAAGAAAUCUAUUUUUUUCUAUCAGGAUACUUCGGAAGAUGGUCCUUUUAUAUUGGGGAUUCAAACAGAAUGGCAGUUGCAACAAAUGAUCCGUUUCGGCCAUCACAGUCUUGUUGCGGCUGAUUCAACAUUUGGCAUUAAGAGACUCAAGUAUCCGUUGUGUACACUUGUUGUCUUUGAUUCAAGACAACACGCACUCCCUGUUGCAUGGGUCAUCACACGUAGCUCUGCAAAGCCAGAUGUAGCUAAGUGGAUGAAGGCUCUACUUGAUCGAGCGUCAAGUGUAGAGCCUGGAUAUAAGAUCAGUGGGUUUUUAAUUGAUGAUGCUGCUGCAGAGAUUGAUCCGAUAAGGGAUGUAUUUGGUUGCCCAGUACUGUUCUCUCUCUGGCGUGUUUGUAGAUCAUGGCUGAGGAAUAUAGUAAAAAAAUGUAAUAACAUUGAAGUUCGGCGGGAGAUUUUCAAGCGUUUAGGAAAAAUUGUAUAUGGCAUUUGGGAUGGAGAUGAUACUCUUGCUGCUUUGGAAGAAUUAACUAAUGACUUUGUUGAUCAGACCACCUUCAUAGAAUAUUUCAAAGCCUCUUGGGUGCCUAAGAUUGAAAUGUGGCUUUCGGCAAUGAAAAGUCUUCCUCUUGCCAGCCAAGAGGCAUCUGUUGCCAUAGAAGCCUAUCAUGUAAAGCUGAAAACCAAAUUAUUUGAUGAUUCACAUCUUGGCGCACUCCAGAGAGUUGAUUGGUUAGUGCACAAGCUAACCACUGAGCUACAUUCAAGCUAUUGGCUAGAUCGGUAUGCAGAUGAAAGUGAUUGUUUUCAAAAUGUUAAGGAGGAAUAUGUGGCUUCUUCAUCAUGGCACAGGGCCUUGGAGAUUCCUGAUUCGUCAGUUACUUUGGAUGAUAAGAAUCAACUGUUUGCCAAGGUCUCAAGUCGAAAAGAUGGCAAUUUGAUGCAUACAGUGUGGAAUCCUGGAUCGGAGUUUUCGUUUUGUGAUUGUUCAUGGUCACUGCAGGGGAACCUUUGCAAGCAUGUGAUAAAGGUCAAUAUAUUGUGUGAAAACCGUAAAGGGUACCAGCCGUCUAUGUCUUUCCGGUCCUUAAAGGAGGUAUUGACAAGUAUGUGGAGAAAACCAAUGGAUGAUUCCAUUGCCCUAGAUUUAUCAAUGGCUUGGGUGCAUCAGAUGCUUCCCCAAAUAAAACAGCUUGUUGAACUAAACAAUACAAAUAAUGUGACCAGUGUGGUAGAAAACAUGCCCUUGAAAUGGGUUUGUAAGAGAGGCAGAACAUCAGUUGGCAUACCAUCCUCCAUUCCUCUUCUUACAUCUUCCCGUAAAAUCAGUAGAAAGCGUAAGAGGUCGUCAAGAUAGCAUUCUUUUUGUCAUGUAUAUAUUUAUUGUUUCGGAGUUCGACAGAAAAUAUAUGGUGAAAAUUUUCCAA